ACUGUAGGAACAGUGAAGAGAAGUAACUAAGUCCUUCCUUUCACAAACAAAACCCUACCUCUCUCUGAGGAAACGAGUUUCAGAUUCUGAGACGCUAUUUUUUCUUCACCAGAUUCGAAACCAACCUCUCUCCGCCGCAAAAAUGCCUCCAAAAUCUGCCAAAUCCAAGGAAGCUCCAGCUGAACGACCCAUCCUUGGUCGAUUCUCUUCUCACCUCAAGAUUGGCAUUGUUGGUUUGCCAAAUGUCGGAAAGUCUACACUUUUCAAUACACUCACCAAGAUGGCAAUACCUGCUGAGAAUUUCCCCUUUUGCACUAUUGAGCCUAAUGAGGCAAGGGUUAAUGUCCCUGAUGAACGUUUUGAGUGGCUUUGCCAAUUGUUCAAGCCAAAAAGUGAGGUCUCGGCUUUCUUAGAAAUCCAUGACAUAGCUGGAUUGGUUCGAGGAGCCCAUCAAGGGCAAGGGUUGGGAAAUAGUUUUUUAUCUCACAUCCGUGCUGUAGAUGGAAUUUUUCACGUUUUACGUGCAUUCGAGGAUCCGGAUAUUAUCCACGUAGAUGAUACUGUUGACCCUGUGAGGGAUUUAGAGGUUAUUACUGAAGAGUUACGGCUGAAGGAUAUUGAAUUCAUGGAAAACAAGUUAGAAGAUCUUGAAAAGAGCAUGAAGAGGAGCAAUGACAAGCAGUUAAAAAUUGAGCUUGAAUGUUGUCAAAAGGUCAAGGCGCACCUUGAAGAGGGAAAAGAUGUACGUCUAGGGGAUUGGAAAGCUGCCGAAGUCGAGAUUUUAAAUUCCUUCCAGUUGCUUACUGCCAAACCUGUUGUGUACUUGGUUAAUAUGACUGAAAAAGAUUACCAAAGAAAAAAGAAUAAGUUUCUGCCCAAAAUUCAUGCAUGGGUCCAGGAACAUGGAGGUGGGCAAAUGAUUCCUUUCAGCUGUGUCUUAGAGAAGAAUCUUUCAGAUAUGCCUCCUGAUGAGGCAGCUAAAUAUUGUGAAGCGAACAACGUUCAAAGCGCUCUUCCCAAAAUAAUAAAGACUGGAUUUUCAGCUAUCAAUCUCAUUUACUUUUUCACAGCGGGACCUGAUGAGGUUAAGUGUUGGCAAAUUAGACGCCUAACAAAGGCUCCUCAAGCUGCAGGGGCUAUCCAUACUGAUUUUGAAAAGGGAUUUAUAUGUGCUGAGGUGAUGAAGUUUGAGGAUCUAAAGGAACUUGGUACUGAGUCAGCUGUAAAGGCUGCUGGAAAAUAUAAACAGGAGGGGAAAACUUAUGUGGUCCAAGAUGGUGACAUUAUAUUUUUCAAGUUCAACGUUUCUGGUGGAGGGAAGAAGUGAUGAAACCAGAAAUUUAUACUGUUUUUCAUGAUGGACGACACACCUACCAUGUUGAGCAUUUUGUAAAAGGUUGAAAAUGUAUUUUUUGCACCAUUUUCAUGAUUAUGUACUUCUCAUGCAGGUUAAUUAUUUCUAGUGGAUUUUAACUUGUUAGCCAUUUCCGAAAUUACAAUGUGCCAAGUUAUUAUGUCUUAUAGCAUUUUUGAAUGAAUAUAAAAAAUGUUGGUGAGUUGAAGCCUAUUGAGUUAUUGCAUGAUGGAUCAAUCGAUAUAUUAUUUGUUAGAGA